AGUUCUGGUUCCAGCUGGCCAUAGCUCGCAUUGCCAUCCUGCUGUGCAGCAGGUUCUUCCAACUCGGACUUGGAAUCCAGAGGAGCUGUGAAGACGGAUCGCCGAGAUGGUCUCCUCAAGGAGCUUCGCCAGACACCUUUCGCCAACGUCACUGCUAUAGCUGCUGAGCUGCGUCAACUGCAGCAGUUGAGCCGUGGUUCAGACUACACAGCGCUGAUCUCGGCAUGCCGCCGACAAAGCGAGUGGGGCGCUGCGGUGGGCCUUUUGCAAGACGCUCUUUGGAGUGGCCUGGAAGCGGGCAUUCACACCAGCAGCGCGGUCGUCAGUGCUUGUGAGCGAGCUUCCCAGUGGAGCCAUGCGUUGCUGUGCUUUGCCGACUUGGAAAGGACUCGAAUUCAGGAAUUGGACGUAAUUCUCUACAGCGCUGCGAUUUCGGCGUGUGAGAAAGCUGGCCUGUGGUUGGCGGCUAUCAGAUUGUUACGAUCCAUGCAUGCAGGGAGGGUUUCUCCAAAUCAGGUGAGUUUCGGCGCGGCCGUGGCAGCUUGUGAGAAAGGUGGGGCCUGGAAGUGGGCGUUCAGCCUCAUCACUGCUGCUCAAAAUUUGGCCCUGCAAAGCAGUCUUGUCACCACGAGCUCAGCUCUGAGCGCUUGCGAGAAGUCAGCGGCUUGGAGUGCUGCCAUCCGCCUGGCCCAAGCCUCGACCAGUUUGAAGCCAGACGUCAUCGCAUUCAGCGCGCAAGUCUCUUGCACGGAGAAGGCAAGCCGCUGGCCAUCGGCGUUCGGCAUUCUUGCAAGGAUGUCCAGAUCUUAUGUGCGUCCCGGCAUUGUCAGCCACAAUGCUGCCAUCAGCGCGUGUGAAACUGGCCAGUGGGAACGUGCAUUGUGUGCGCUGCACGGGUAUGUGCGGCUAGAUGUGGUUUCCUUCAGCGCCAUGAUCGCCAGCUGCGGCGCCAGUGGCAAAUGGUCAGAUGCCCUGGGGCUGAUGGGCGGCAUGGGCUUCACCCGGGUGCUGCCCAACUCCGUGACCUGCAACUCGCUGAUCUCCGCUUGCGAGGAGUCGGGCCAGUGGGACGUGGCCCUGGGAUUCUUCACUCGCCUGGCGUCGCCCGGCACGAUGAGCGUGAACGCUGGCAUCAGCGCUUGCAGCAGAGGCAUGCUGUGGAGAUCAGCUGCUAGCCUGCUGGAUGGCCUGCUGCAGUCUUCCUCGCGCCGGGCAACACUGGUGAGCUUCAAUGCAGCAAUGACGGCCUGUGGAAACUGCAAGCAGUGGUCAACGCUGAUGGGCAUCAUGCAGCAGCUAUCCAGGAGCUCUUUGCAACCUGAUGCCAUCUCCCUGAAUGCUGCAGCAGGGGUGCUCGAAUGGCAGGGACGCUGGGCCGGCGCCGCGGGGCUACUCGCAGAGGCACAGGCGCAGGGCGAGCGCCUGCUUGCCGCGGAGGCGGCCACAUUGCUCAUGGCGGUUGACUCUUGCCAGAGGUCUGGCACGGCAACUCGAGCAGCUGGCCUUCUGGGGAGCAUUGUGCGAGACACUUCGCAGAGCCUGCAGCGGAUCGAAAAUUGCGAUGCCGGGAAAUUUGACAAUGACACCAUCGGCCAAGUGCUGGCAGAUGCCGAUGAAAGCGGAGACGGAGAGUUGCAGAUCAGCGAGUUCGUAUCCUGGCUGUUUGCAGAGGAGAAGGACUUGGCGAAGGGUCGGUACCUGCGCGGCGGCGGGCAAACGAUCCUGGUGGAAGGCUGUUCCAGAGAGGAGCUGAACGGCGAGUAUGCGAAGCAGACCGAAGUUUGUGGAGAUCGCCCGGUGUUCUAUUGCGGCUCAACGGAGAUGUGUCUCUUCUACCAUUCCGAGAACCAGGCGUGGCAAAUCUACACGACGCUGUUCAGCACCAGGGCAAGCGCGAGGCUGAAGACCCAGCGAUCCCCGUAUAAGCCAGCCGGGGCAGUCUGGGAGGUUGGCAAGAAGGGGGAGCAGGGCGCGAUGGAGUACGUGCCUGAGCCUGACAUGGCUUGCCGUGUGUUGCCACCCCCCGAGACUGCGGAGGAAGAACUUGCAAGAGCCCCGGAGUGGAUCCUCGUCGAGUCGACUGACUCCAGGAUCUCUGGCUUCUUCAACAAACAAAGCCAGCCUGUCAAUGGCCGCCCCGCGUAUAAGAACAGUGCGGACCAGACCUACAUGGUCUUCAAUGGUCCUGAGAAACACUUUUGGAAGGUGUGUAUGGACGAGGCGGUCCCGGAGACAACUCUGGCAUGGUCAAAGCCAUCUGAUAUUUGGUCACCUCACCUGACUUCGUGGCACGGCAACGUCAGUGUGAUGCCAGUCUACCCAGACACCGGCUUCGGCAAAUGGAUCAAGAGCACUGAUGCGAACCAAACGAAGCGCUUCGUUGAUCCAGAGUUUCCUCAUUCCGACAAGAGCCUUGGGAAGGAUUGGGGGGACAUCGAAUGGGCGCGGGUCAUUUGGCUGGGCCCGUCCAGCAUGGAGCUCUUCAAAAACCUCGAGCCUGCCCAUGUCUGCCAAGGUGCCAUGGGAGAUUGCUGGCUUAUUGCCGCAAUCGCUGCGGUGGCAGAGUUUCCGAAUUACGUCCGGGAUCAGCUCUUUUGCGGGACCAGCGAGUUGACUGAGGACGGGAAGUACAAUAUCCGCUUGUUCGAUCAUACGGUUGACGACUGGAGGGUUGUCACGAUCGAUGAUAGCCUUCCCUGCAAAGCACGAUGCAGGGAGCGGCCGCAGCCGUCCCCCCUUUUUGUCAAGUUGCGCGGUGGAGAGGCAUACGUGCCACUUUUGGAGAAGAAAGCCUUCGGCAAGUUCGUUGGCAGCUAUCAGAAUCUCCUCGGCGGCUGGUCCAACAUGGCCUUCUAUGCAAUGACAGGUCAGAUCUGCUUUACUUGGCGGCGCUCAAGCACGACUUUCAAAAAGAACCCCACUUGGACUGUCACAAGCAGCGAGGGCGUGCUGGUCAGCCAAGACAAGGGCGGCACGGAGUUGGGGACAUUGGCAGAAGGUGCCAAGUUUGAAGAGCUGAAGCAAGAUCGCAACUGGCUCCAAUUCAAGAAAUUGGAGGGUGAUGGGCCGGAGGAGGGAUGGCUCUCCUACUACGACUCUGCGGGCUAUCAAGUCGCAAGCUGUGAGGAUAACGACUGGGUUGGCUCUGAUGACUGGACGAAUCCAAAAACACUGUCCUUCAGAAGUUACAAAAUGGGCAACGUUUUUGGCCACGUGAACAGAGACGCCUUGUGGGAGAAGAUCCGGGAGUACGACGACUCCAACUACCUUAUGGCAUGCGUGGCGAUGUACAAAAAGCCUUCGCACCAGAUAGUGAGAAAGCGCCGCCAAGAUGGAAUAGUGGCAGUGCACGGGUAUUCCCUAAUCCACGCCGUGGAGGUGGAAGGCUGGAGGAUGGUUUGCUGCCGAAAUCCCUGGGGCUGGGGCUGUUGGAAUGGUCCUUGGUCUCCGGGCAGCCGAGAAUGGGAGCAACACCCCUCAGUGGCCGAGGCCCUGAACGCUCGAACGAAAACAAGCGGCAUGUUCUGGAUGACCUUUCACGACUUCACCUGCACCUGGAGCAUGAUUCAGGUGUGUCCCAAGACUAUGCCCACAAGGCGUGGAGACUUUGAUCUGAACAGCUUCGUCUGA